UGUCGCAUGUCAGUAACGUCAUCACUUGUCGCCACCGACUAACGAGUUGUACUACAGUACACGUGCGGUUGUGAAAAAUUGCUAGCUAUGGCUGGCUCGUUUUCUCAGGAGCUUGAGGAUUUGUUGAAUCCUUUGCCUAAAUUCGCGGACCCAGAGGAUGAUGAUGACGAUGCGACCAAAGCCAAGGUCAUUGAAGAGUUCAAUGAGGACGACGAGGAUGAUGGGGUCGGACUGAGUGUCUUGCGGAAAAGUAACAGAUCCUUACUGUCAGACACAGAUGGACGGUAUGUGGGGAAGACAGUCUCUCGUAAACAACUGAUAAUGGAUAUUGAGGAAUCGGAUGAGGAAGAGGAUGAAGAUCAGUACGGCAUAGAAGAAGAUGAUGAUGAGGAGGAUUUUAUUGAGAAUGAACAGAAUGAUGAUUAUGGUGAUAAUAAUAAUUUAGAUGAUGAUGAUGAUGAUGAAGAGGGGGGGGUUGUGGGAAGUGAUUUACAACUACAGGCUAUACUGUCAUCUAAGACAAGAGGAACUGAUGUCACCUUCCCUCAGGGAGUGGACUUCCACAAGUUAACGGAGGGAAUGGACAACCUGGUAACAGGUGAAGGUGAAGAAGAUGAUGGUGAGGAGAAUGAAGGCAUGGAAGAAGAUGAAAGCUCAGAUGGUGAGGAGGAGGGGGAUGGAGAUGAGAAGACUUUGCACACAUUUUCUCAAGCAGAAUUAGACGAAGAGGUUGAGAAAGGGAAGGCAGUAAAGAAUCAGCUGGCCCUAUGGGACCUGCUGCUCGAGGGCAGAAUCAAAAUCCAAAAAGCUCUUGUGACAGCUAACCAGCUUCCACAACCACUGACAUUCCCAGAGUUUAAGAGAAAUGGGGGGGUUGAGUUUGUAGGUGCAUUGAAAAACAGUCACAAAGCUUUAAAAGCUCUUCAAAGGUCCGUGCUGGAGCUGCACGAUCAUCUGCUCUGCCAAAACACAGACACAAGGCCGAUCGCACUGGGAAGCUUAGGAGCUCAGAGUCAAGAUGAGCAGAUAAAGAGCGUGGAAGAGUCUUCAGUGCAGGAGAACAGAGUGCCCAAGCAUAAACUGGAGAUGGCGGAGUACCCCACCUUUAUGGCCAAACGUUUUGCAGCUUUCCAGCCAUACUGCAACACCACACUGCAGAAGUGGCAUGACAAAACCAGGCUGUGUAUCAGCAAGAACACCAAGGGGUUUGGGGCAUUUGACAGGAAUAUACUGACACAAGUGGAGCAGGUGAUGAUGGACAAAGAGAGGCUGUUGAGGCGCACCCAGACUCGUCGCUCAGAAUACAGAGUUCUGGGGAAAAAGGAGUCCUUUGAUCUAACAUCCGACCUCAUCACCCCUGAGGGAGAGGUGGCAGAGCAGCAGAUGAAAGCAAACUCACAUCUCAAAGACCUGGAUGAGGAUAUUUUUGAUGACGAUGAUUUCUACCACCAGCUACUAAGAGAGUUAAUUGAGCGCAAAACAAACGCAGUUGAUCCCAACAGUCAGGUGGCCAUGGGCAGACAGUGGCUGGCCAUCCAGAAACUGCGCAGAAAGAUUAAGAAGAAGGUAGAUACCAAAGCCAGCAAGGGACGCAAAACCAGAUACCACAUCCACAGCAAGCUGGUCAACUUUAUGGCCCCCAUGGACCACAGCUCUAUGAGUGACGAGGCUCGCAAUGAACUGUACCGUGGCCUCUUUGGUCAUACCUCUGCACUCAGAGAGUGACAAUAAACAACAUCAUCAGGAAAAAAACAAAGCAAUGCCUUCCUUAGGAUGCCAAUUUGUGGCUUAAAAUUAGAUAUAUACAUAAUACGUAUUGAAAAUGUUGCAUUCCAAUUCCAAACAACUUAACUAUUUUCACUAUGCUGUUAUGGGAUGUAUGUUGUAUCUUUUAUAAUGUAGGUUGUAUUUUUUUGUUGCAGUUUUAUCUAUAACAUAUUCAGCUGAGGCUAGCUCCAUUUAUCUUUAUGCAAGUAUGUGACAAAAUUGUGCAUCACUGAAAGUCGUUGAAAAAAGAUUUCUAUUUGUUCAUUUUAGCAUACCACAACAACUUACAGACUGAAAUCUGCUGAAAAUUGGGCUGCAUUAUUUGUAAACAUUUGGUACUUACAAGCUGUACCGAUAAAAAGGGCUGAGAUCAGGCCUGUAGUAUAGUGCAUCUUGAGUAACAACACUCAAAUUAGUAUUUAGCGCAUGUAAGCAAUGAAACACUAUGUGUCAACAGUUUCUUUUACUUAUCCAACUGAUGAAAAGUCACAAAUGUCUACAGUGUAAAAAGCUAAUAAAAUUGUCACUAUGUGUAAACUGUCAUUUUUUCUGAAAAUGAUAUGGUCCUAAAUGGUAUUAAUGCCCCUGAGUGUUGUUAUCUUUUUUAUUUUUAAAGACAAAUGUUAUUUAAACAGCACACGUAAGAAAAACACGAGAUUUAAACAAGAUGUGGUUUUUUUAUAUAUACAUUUUUUAACUUAAGCACACACAACACCUGAAUCAUAUGAAACUUGUAUACAUAAAGGUAAACAUUAACGGAAUGCAUUUACAAUGGAGGUUGCUGAUUAUUGCUCUCAUGUUCGGCUUGGUCACCUGGCUUUGUCUCGUUGUCGCCUGCCAUGCCUCAUCUGCAGCGAGAUGCGCGUCCCUGAAACACAUCUAUCUUAGCUCCUCCCCAUUUGAUGAUGAGAAUGAUGACGACGUGAUUGGGCGCCGGAUGCUCUGAUGAUGAUGACGAUUUUGUGCUUAUUGUAACGUUAGUUAUUGCUUUAUUAAAAAGUUAUACAUUAAAUUUAUCGUUAAUUGUAACCUACUGUUUCAUUAUCCUUUAUUAUUUCAAAUUACUCUGUAGCUUAUUCAACGGAUUUGUGCUGUUGCUAUAAAAUACUUUAAAGCU